AUGGCUGGCGAAAUAUCACAGUCCCCCAAUGAUGCUAGGAACGCUGAGAGGAAGAUUGAGGCACAGAGCGCAUUUGCAUCUACUUUGGUGGUGGAUGUGGAGAAAUCGUUGCAUGGCAAAGGAGCAGAUCCCAGCAAGUCCUACAUAAGUCCGAAUGGCAUAUCUGUUAGCACUCCUACAAACCAGGCCGGCAGCAAUGCAGUCUACGCUGCCAAAGCACAGCUGCUGAAUCAGGCGUUGGUUGACAUGAAAAUGGGCCUAUAUCAAUGGGUACUCUUCAUCAUCACCAGCGUAGGAUGGUUUCUUGACAGCUUCUGGAUGAUGUCAUUCGUCGUUAUUGCCCCGUCGGCCUCGAACGAAGCCCAGUUCUUCUUUUCCGGAGAUAAAUCAUCCUACCUGUUCGUCAGUCUGGCCGCCGGUCUGACGGCUGGCGCAACUGCCUGGCCAUGGAUGUCAGACAUCUUGGGUCGUCGGUGGAUCUUCACUAGCACAAUUGUCUUGAUGGGCAUGGGAGGGCUUGUCGGUGCCGGCAUGCCUUCCUUCACCGGUCUCUGUGUUGUCGGCUUCGUGGUAGGAUUUGCUGUCGCAGGUAACCAGCUAGUCGAUGCCAUCAUCCUAAUAGAGUCGCUUCCGGCUUCCCAUCAAUUCUUGGUUACCGUACAAGGGGCAUUCUGGGGAUUGGGUCAGCUAGUCUCAGCUGCAGUCGGGUGGGCGUUUAUUGCAGGAUACACCUGCGGCACCGGCCCAGACGCAAUCAGUACAUCGCAAGCCCUAUCGACACACUCCUCCCGCGCUGACGGCUCAACACACUCCAGCCAGAGCAGCACAUCCUGUCACUACGUUUCCAACAAAGGAUGGCGGUACGUAUGGUGGACAUUCGGCUGCAUCACCCUAUUCCUAUACCUCUGUCGCUUCGUAUUCCCCUUCCGCGAGACACCCAAAUACCUCCUCUCCAAGCGCCGCGACGCCGAAGCAGCCCAACUCGUCACCGACAUGGCCACAUACAGUAAACGCCGCACCUGGCUAAACGAAGCCUCCUUUGCCAGAGUCAACUCGACUAUUGACGCCACCGACCCCCGUCAAACUCCACGUCUCCGCUCCCUCCUCUUCGCCCUUCAACCCACCGGCCUCCCCAUCCUCUGUCUCCUCUGGGCCCUAACAGGCCUCACAUUUCCCCUCCACAAAACCUCCCUCACAGCCUACCUCGCCGCCACCCACAACCUCUCCCCCGUAACCCCAACAACAGUAACAACCAAGUACCUCUACACCCGCUACCUCUACACCUCCCUUUGCGCAAUCCCCGGCCCCAUCGCCGCUGGCAUGCUAAUCCAAACAAAGCUCCUCGGCCGCAAACGCACCGGCUCCGCAAUCGCCCUCCUCACCGGCCUAUUCAUGCUCCUUGCCACACUAGCGCGGUCAAGGAACGCCCUCUUGGCUUUCGAAUGCAUCCUUUCUUUCCUGCAGUUUGCGGGCUUGGCGGUUCUCACGACGUAUACGGUUGAGAUCUUUGCGGCUCCGGUCCGUGGCUUCGGGGUCGGUGUUAUGGGGUUCUUUUGGGGACUAUUUGGGCUGGUGGCGAUGAUUGUGAAUACCUUUGCUGGGGAGGUGGUUGCGGGGGGUGCGGCGGUUUGGUUUUGUGGUGCUGUUUGGGUGGUUUUCGGUGGUGCUUGGUUGGGGGUGCGUGAGACGAGGGGGAGUGCUGCUGCUUAG